CAGCCGAUUCUCAGCUGGGCACUAACACAAACAACAAUAAUAACAACAGUUCAGAUAAAUUGAUUAUCGAGUCUACAACUGGGCAGAGAACGGCCGAGGCAUACUUGAAAGAAUCGGAAUUCACACUGCAAUCAGCAUGUCAAAAUGCUACACUAAGCAACAAUUUCAGAAGUAAUAAUUGUAGUACCUCGAACACUCAUAAAUCCAACGACAACGAGAAAAUAUCGGAAAAGAAUUAUAUGGAUUGCAUCAACGUUACGUGUGUUUCUAAAGAAAAUGUGGUAUCAGGCGCACUAGAGCAGGAUUUUCUUCAUCAGCAAAAUAAAAGUUAUCAAGAAAUAAAUGGCAAAAAGAAAUCAAAAAUUGCAACGCGCCAGAUGUCUUCACAGCGGUCCUUAUCUUCAGCAAUCCAUUCCGAUGAAUCGAAUUCCAGUGGGGCAUCCAAUGAGUCGGAAGAAAUAGAUCUAACAACCAACACUGGGUGCAUUGAUUAUUCUUAUUCUAAUGAAAAUAAGAAUUGAUAUAUGACCAAACAGCUGUAACCUUGUUACUUAUUCUAUUUUAUAUGAAAUUGUAAAAGCAAUGGUGGAGUGAAGACAAUAUGA